AUGGCUCCCCACGAUGAAAUCGACACCAUUGAAGCGCAGACUGCGCAGUAUGAGUUCCGCGAGGACCUCAAGGAGGAGCCCCAGGACGAACAUGUCGAGCUGCACCGCGACCUCAAGGCCCGUCAUAUCAGUAUGAUUGCCAUUGGAGGUGCCAUUGGAACUGGCUUGAUUAUCGGUACUGGCAAGGCGUUAACGGCCGGACCCGGGUCUCUCUUCAUUGCAUAUUCUUUUAUGGGGCUAAUCGUCUGGACGGUGAUGUGUGCUUUGGGCGAGAUGGCUGCAUGGCUGCCUCUGUCCAGUGGAUUUACCGGCUAUGCUGCUCGAUUCUGCGACCCUGCGCUGGGCUUCACGCUUGGCUGGUGCUACUAUAUCAAAUACAUCAUCCUGCCUCCGACUCAAUUAACUGCUGCUGCGCUGGUCAUCACUUACUGGCCGCGCACUUCCGCUGAGAACGUCAACCCGGGCGUGUGGAUUGCCAUCUUUAUGGUGACAAUCAUCGUGAUCAACUACUUUGGCGUCCGGAUCUUCGGGGAAAUGGAGUUCUGGCUCUCCUCCUUCAAGGUCAUUGUUAUGGUCGGAAUCAUCCUGUGCUCGCUGGUCCUCGCUCUGGGCGGAGGCCCUGACCACGACCGCAAGGGCUUUCGCUACUGGAACGACCCUGGUGCCUUUGCUCCCAAAUACUCCGAGGGCUCGCUGGGCAAGUUCCUCGCAUUCUGGUCGACCAUGGUGUCGGCGACGUUUGCAUAUCUCGGCACUGAACUCAUCGGUGUAACCGUCGGAGAGGCCCAGAACCCUCGAAAGACCAUUCCCAAGGCCAUCAAGCUGACCUUCUGGCGUAUUAUUGUCUUCUACGUUCUCAGUGUGCUCCUCGUGGGCAUGCUGGUCCCGUACGACUCCGAGGACCUGGCCUUCGCUACCCAGUCCUCCAACUCUGCUGCUGCGUCUCCCUUCGUCGCAGCCAUGAAGCAGGUUCCAGCAUUGCCUCACAUCAUCAACGCCUGUAUUCUGGUCUUCGUCUUCUCUGCCGCCAACUCGGAUCUCUACAUUGCCACCCGAACGCUCUAUGGUCUGGCCCGAGAGCACAAGGCUCCCCAGAUCUUUGCGAAAACCAACAACAGCGGCAUCCCCAUCUAUUCUCUCGGGUUCUCGUCUCUGUUCUGCUGUCUCGCCUUCACGAGUGUGUCCGAAGGCUCAAAGGAUGUCUUUGGUUACUUCACUGACGUCGUCUCCAUUGUUGGAUUGUUGACCUGGAUAUCGCUCCUCAUUGCCCAUAUCUGCUUCAUCCGCGCCCGCAAAGCACAGGGCGUACCCGAUUCGUCCAUCCCAUACAAGGCCCCGUUGGGAAUCAACGGCUCGUACGUCGCUCUGUUCUUCUGCGUCCUGAUUGCCUUCACGCGCAGCUUCAAUGUCUUCAUUCACGACUCCGAGUACGGCAACUUCGACUACAAGACCUUCAUCACAGCGUACCUGGGAAUCCCUGUGUACGUCACGGCCUUUUUCGCCUGGAAGUUCAUCAAGAAGACCGAGCUCAUCAAGCCACACAAUGCCGACAUCUGGACCGGCAAGGCGGCGAUUGAUCGCGAGGAGGAAGAGUUCGUCGCGCGCAAGGCCGUCGAGGAUUUGCAUGCUCGUGGAUGGAAGAAGUUUUAUAACCGGUUCUUGUCCUGGUUGUUCUAG